AGCAGCCUUUGCUUACAGAUUAUCUCCUCUAAAUUGUUGAAAGGGAAGAAAACCAUAAAGAAUGGCUCAUCCACAAGAGUUGGACACACUCUCAAAGUCUUUCUCAGGAUUUGGAGUUGAUGAGAGGUCAAUAGUAACGAUAUUGGGGAAAUGGCAGCCGGAGCAUAGGAAAACCUUCAGAAAGUGCUCUACCACGUUCUUCAGAGAAGACGAACGUCUCUUUGAAAAAUGGGAUGCUGACCAUAUUGCCCUCCUCAAACGUGAAUUCUCUCGUUUCAAGAAUGCUGUGGUUCUGUGGACAAUGCACCCUUGGGAAAGAGAUACUCGGCUGGCAAAGGAAGCUUUGAUUAAAGAGAACCGGUCUUAUGAUGUUCUCAUUGAGAUCGCUUGCACUAGAUCAUCUGAAGAGCUCUUGGGGGCAAGGAAAGCCUACCACUCCCUCUUUGAUCACUCCAUUGAGGAAGAUGUCGCUUCCCACAUCCAUGGCACCAACCGCAAUCUCUUUGUAGCCCUAGUGAGUGCCUACCGAUAUGAGGGUUCGAAGGUGAAUGAUGAGGUUGCAAAAUCAGAAGCCAAGAUUCUCUGUAACGCGGUUAAGAACGCCAAGAAGAAGAACCCCAUCGAGGAUGAAGAGGUAAUUAGGAUAGUAUCAACCAGGAGCAAGCUCCAUCUGAAAGCAAUCUAUAAACACUACAAGGAUAAUUGUUCCAAGACUCUUGAUGAGGAUUUGGAGUAUGGAUCAAGCUUAAAAGAAGCAAUUAUGUGUCUUUGCUCUCCUCAAGCAUAUUUUAGCAAGGUACUAAAUGCUUCGAUGAAGAAUGGUGCAGAUGAGAAAACAAAAGUUGCACUUACUCGAGUGGUUGUAACCAGAGCUGAUCAUAAUAUUAAAGAGAUCGAAGAGGAGUACCAGACGCAAAAUGGAGUUUCCCUCUCCCAAAAAAUCAAAGAGACAAUCCAUGGGAAUUACAAGGAUUUCUUGCUUUCCUUGAUUGAAAGGGGAGAAAGAAAAUAAAAACAAUAACAAACAACAAUUACAAUCUUUCUUAUCUUCUUUUUUUUCUUCUAUUUUUUGUACUUCUCCCAUGAUCUUCACUUUGGAUGUUGUGUUCGUAAAAACAUCAUGUUUGCAAAAGUAAUCGGUGGAUUCCAACCAAUGGUGACUUUCUAUUUGUUAGGAAUGUGUAUCCAUCAAACCUUA